AUGCAAAAUAGAUCGCCGAGGCUUUCAAAUAAGCUCCAGAUUUCAAUCCCGACGCCGCAAGCUCGUGUUGCGGAGUUGUCGGCGGCGUCUGACUCGGCAUGCUCGGCUUAUGAGACCUAUCUACGGCUUCCGGAACUGAAAAAGUUAUGGAGUGGUAAAGAGUUUCCGGCCUGGAAAGAUGAGUCGGUUUUUAAACCGGCUUUCAUGGGUCUAGAAAUCACGUUCCGGUUUAUCGCCACCGUUUUGUCGGAUCCAAGGCCGUAUGCGAAUAGGCGGGAAUGGAAGCGGCGGCUCGAAGCUUUAACUAAUAGUGAAAUUGAAAUUAUAGCUUUAUUAUGUGAAGAUGUGGAGACACGUGGUGCGAUUCCGAUCGUGGAUCUGACCUCAUCGGAUGGUGUGUUGGCUAGGGAAAACAGUUCGGCGGAGGUGUGGAAGAUGUCCGAUGAGAUAACGGUGGUGAGCCGAGUGAGCGAAGCCAGUUUGCUGCCACGAUUGGCCACGUGGCACAAGUCAGAGGAAGUUGCGAAGAAGAUUCUCUACUCCAUCGAACGGGAGAUGCAGGGAAUUCCUUACACCCUUGGAUUAGGCGAGCCGAACCUCGCCGGGAAACCGAGCCUCAACUACGACGUCAUAUGCAAACCAAACGAGCUCCAUACAUUGAAGAAAUGCCCCUCGGAUAAUGCGGAUUUGGAAAACUUAGAAAACCAAACUAUUUACGCGACACACCAGAUUCUAGAGUCAUGGAUCUGCGUAUCAAAACAAAUACUGGAGAGAAUUUUAUCAAGAAUCGAUAGCAAAAGCUUUGAGAAUGCUUCAAGCGAUUGCUGGAUACUGGAGAAAGUGUGGAAACUGUUGAAGGAGAUCGAAGAUCUCCAUUUAUUGAUGGAUCCAGAUGAUUUUCUCCGUUUGAAAAAUCGCCUUUCGAUGAAAGCAAGUUCAGAAUCUGACUUCUUCUGUUUCAGAUCCAGAGAACUGGUAGAAAUUACCAAAUCUUCAAAGGAUCUGAAACACAAGGUGCCUACCAUUUUGGAUGUGGAGGUUGAUCCCAAGGGCGGUCCAAGGAUCCAAGAAGCUGCGAUGAAACUGUACAGUAGAAAAGGCGAAUUCCCGAAAAUUCAUUUGCUGCAGGCCAUGCAAGCGGUGGAGAUGGCUGUGAAGAGCUUCUAUUUUUCGUAUAAACAGUUGUUAGCUAUUGUAAUGGGAAGUCUGGAGGCAAGGGGGUAUAGAGCAUUUGUGAACGUUGAUUCUGGAGAUUUGUUGGGUCAAAUAUACCUUGAGCCGACCUAUUUUCCCAGUCUGGAUGCUGCAAAGACUUUUCUGGAUGAUUCAUGGGGUCACCAUUGUUGA